CGUUGUAGGUCUGUGAAAUAUUAUGUUCAAAAGAACCACAUUUCUAUGGAGACAAGCACGUGGAUCUACUCCAUGCAACCAAGCAAGAGUCAGGUUUGUGGAGAUGCCAGACGCUCACAUGACUCCGGAGUGUUGGAGCAUCUGUUUUUGACACCAGACCAGAACCCAAUUAAAAAGUUUGUCAGCCUCAUCUCCCCCUGCAUAGACAUGUGGCUGUUGGUUGUGUCUGUGAUUCCUGCUGUACUCCUCUUUUCCAAACAUUACCGUGGUAAAGUGGUGUCCCUGUGCCGGAGAGCUCAGGCCUGGACACUGUGGCUCGUGAAACAGGAGGUAUGUCCACGGAGCGUCCAUGCUUUUGUCUUCUGCCAGUGCACUCACGGCAAAGUGGACAGUGUGCUGGAGACCUAUGACCUCUACCACAGCAUGUAUCCCUCUCUCAGCAUCGGAGCACAGAUUGGUGCCCAGUUGGAUGAGGUAGUGAGGCGGGUGCAGCCCUCCAUGGCUCUGGAGCUGGGGAUGCACUGUGGCUAUAGCUCUAUGCGUAUGCUGCGUCUGCUGCUCUCUGGAGGCCGACUGAUCACAGUGGAGCAGGACCCUCAAACAGCAGAUUAUGGAGAGGAGCUCAUCCUUGUGGCAGGAUUUAAACAUCACCAGUUUGAAGUAUUAACAUCAAGUUCGUCUGAUGCAAUCCCGUUGCUGCCUGAACGCAUGGGGUCUCAUGAGGAGGGCUUUGGUCUAGUGCUGAUGGACCACGACCCAGCACAGUACCUCACAGAUCUGCAGAGCCUGGAGAGAGAGGAUCUGCUGCGUUCUGAGGGUUGCUCCAUAGUACUCAUCUACAGAAAGAGAGGAGCAGGUAGAGACAUCAGGGAGUACAUACAAACUAGAGAAAACUGUUACUGCAUCAAAACUGACAUGCAAUUUAUGGUUGAAGUGUGCUAUCAAAAUACAGGAGUAACAACAGUGUAUGAAAAAUAGCUUUUAUGAAUUGAAUUGAAACUUAAAGGUUGACUUAAUACUUGAUUUUGAAUGAAGUAGUUAAUUUUCAUCAGUUUGUGGUCCAAAAGUAUUCCUCACUUACCUUAUGCAUUCCAAGCCAAAUAAUUAUUCACAAUACUCAGGCCAGAGCGGUGUUUUUCCAUGAUGGUAAAGCUAACAACAACCAGCAUGCUAACAUGCACGUACUGAUUAUAAGACAAUAAAACCCUUUUUUAAUUAGAUGCAAACAGCACACAAUUGAGUUAUUUUGACCCCAAGAACUGCUUAUGCAAUAUAUCUGUACUGGGGCAAGACAUUUCUGGCCAUAUUUUUCCAGCUUUUUCCAUGUUUCCAUAUAAAUCUGCAUUAAAACAUCACAUUUGUACUGUAUGGAGUAUGCAUAAACAUUUUGCAAAGAUACAGUUUAGUUCUCCCAAAAUCUGGGUGUGGAAGUGCAUAAAACUUAAAAGCUGGUAGUGUGAUCCCAGUUUCAAUGAGUGCACAGUGUCGUUGUGUCCUUGGGCAAGGCACUUCAUUGACUUCAGCGUGAAUGUGGCAAGCCAAUGAGCAGUUAUUGGUUAUCAGUGUUUGUUUCAUCACGAUUGAUUCAUGAAUUGUUGAAUCUUACAACAGCGAUGAUACCAUUAUUUCAGGUUCCAACGCAGCACAGAAUAAACCCCAAAUAUGAGUCAUGUCUCUUUAUAUGUCACUACAAAAACUUCCCAGUAGAGGGAGCCACAGUGCUUCUGAGCAUAGGUAGUUAUAAGUACUAUUACAGUGUGGUCACAUUGUUGUUUUCUGUUAGUGAAUG